UACUUUUUACACAUGAAUGGAUGGAUGAAUUUCUGUUAAUCCCAGGGGGAAAUUCUACUCCACUGCAGCAGUGCUUCAAUUUAAAAUGAAAUUUUACUGACGAUUGUAACGAAAUUACUAAAUGUAAUUACUCAAGAUUGCGGUUGUAAACUAAAGCUGCUGACCUCUUCAGCAAUGACCUGGCCAGUUUGGUAACACUGUGGUUAAACAUUCACUAUGUACUGUAUUUGGAGAGAUACCUAUGUUGCAGUGCGUGGCCUUAUUGAAGUGUCUCAUGAGCGCAGAAAACGGGAGACCUACAAACACACACAGCGUUAUCUAUCACACGCUUGCUGCCCCCCCCCCCCAGCCCCCCAACAGCACCACUCCGCGCGCGUUUAGCGCUAAGUAACUGUUGCCCAGGUUCUCUUUCGAAAAGGAAUUUCAUAGGCUGAGACGGCGGAGCGCUCGAUGUGAUUGGUCAGAAGUUUUUCCGCUCGCUUUAACACUUGCGGGAUGCCGCUCCCCCCACCACGCUAAAUAGACUUUGCGGUUUAAUUCAACACACACUCAAGCGCGCAACGUGCAGGGGAGCGACGCGCGGCCGCGCCGGACUGUCGCACGGAUCAAGAAGAAGCGAUGCGCCCUGAAACGGCCAAUUAGAACCGAGAGAACUUUGCGGUCUCGGAGCGCCGGUCCAAGACGAGUCGGACACCGAGCAGCCAGCCAGCCAGUCAGUCAGUCAAUCGAUCAAUCGAUCGAUCGGUCCACGAAAAAGGCGCCCGCGCGAGAACACAGACAGACAGACAGAGCGAGGAACGAUCAUGCUGUCCGCGGGUCUCGAGCUCCUCGGACUGGUGCUCUGCAUCCUGGGCUCGCUGCUCGUGAUGGUCGCGUGCGGGCUGCCCAUGUGGAAGGUGACGGCCUUCAUCGAGAGCAACAUCGUGGUGGCGCAGACCAUCUGGGACGGCCUCUGGAUGUCGUGCGUGGUGCAGAGCACGGGCCAGAUGCAGUGCAAGAUCCACGACUCGAUGCUCGCGCUCAGCCACGACCUGCAGACGGCGCGCGCGCUCACCGUCAUCGCGGCGCUGCUCGGCGUGCUCGGGCUCCUGGUGACGGUGGCGGGCGCGCAGUGCACAAACUGCAUCCGCGCGGACGCCGUGAAGGCGCGCGUGGUGAACGCGGGCGGCGUCAUCUACAUCGUGAGCGGCCUCUUCGUGCUCGUGCCGCUGUGCUGGAUGGCCAACAACAUCAUCUCGGACUUCUACAACCCGCACGUGCCCACGGCGCAGAAGCGCGAGAUCGGCGCGUCGCUCUACAUCGGCUGGGCGGCCGCGGCGCUGCUCUUCCUCGGCGGCGCGCUGCUCUGCUGCUCGUGCCCGACGGCGGGCAGCGCGUCCUACUCGGUCAAGUACGCGCCGACCAAGAGAGCCUCGCAGAACGGGGACUACGACAAGAGGAACUACGUGUGAGCGCGCCGCGCGCUCCCGCUCGGAGCCCCUUCGCGCACCUGAAAACAUCACCAGGCUUUUCCGAACGAACUCGAAUUGGAACGAAAUGAUGUCCCGUUUUUUUGUUUACUCUAUUUCUUUUUCUAAGGACUGGGGAAACAAAUUACGUUUAUUUGUGGAAGAAACAAAUUUACGAAUUGACCGAGUCGCGGCGUUACUUUCUAGAAAAUUAUAAAGAAGAAAAAAAAUGCCGAGAAAUUGGGGAGGGGAAAGAAAAAAAAAAACGAAAAAGUAAAGAGUCCGUCUCUAAACUUUCUGGUUUUCUGCACUUCGGCGGGCGCUCGGCGCGUGCAGCGGAACUUUUACCCGUUUCCCCGUGGGCGCGCGAACGCCCUUACCCUAAUUUGUACCUUUCUUCACUUCUCUCCCAUGCCAUGUAUAAAAGUGUAGAGUGUCCCGCGCUCCAUACUCUGGUAAACUGCGAGCCACGCGAGCUUCUCGCGCUCCUGCUCCGCUGCGCUUCGUUUCGUUCCCGCGAGCUGCUCCUCCAGAGUUUGUAAGAAUUUCCACUUCAAAGCGAAUGACGGUGAACCGGGGAAUGACAAAGUGGCCCGUGCGCGAUCCCGCGCGACCUCAGGUAUUUGGGCAGAAGUUGGGAAUAUUGAAAUUUUGUCGUUUUCCCUCGUGCUCCGUUUGGAGCGAGUUUUUCCGCCAGUGAGAAAAACUAAAAGUGCAGAACGAAGGAAACUGUUGCGGUUGUGUAACAAUCAUCAAAAUGUUCUCCGUCCGCGUGUCCGUCAUCAUCAUGUCUGCUGUAUUUUAUUGUUUUCUUACGAAACUCUAGCAAUAAAGUUGUUAUUCCUGACGUGGCUGCGACUGCUCGUUCGUUGUUCUGAGAAGUUUGUUGUUAUUUACAGAAUAAACGCCAAAGUCCAAAUAG